GACUGAUGUGGUUGUUUUCCUUCUGUCAAUAAGAGCUUCAGUUCUGCCUGACAACGUCCCUCUCUUUUUUUUUUUUGCUUCGUGACUGGAUACGCGCUUCAUGGUCUGACUGAACACACGCGAGUUGCUCCGUCACGUCUAAAGUUUUGGCCGGGGCCGGCUGGGAGUUGCCGACACCUCCUCUCGUUUCCCUCUAAGCCCUGAGUGUGGCCGCGGCGCUCUCUGCCGUCUCCUCGCGGCGCGGCCUCCCAUUGGCCGCUCCGCGCGCGCUCGGGGGCGGGGCCGCGCUGGCAGCAAGAAAGGGGGAAAGAAUUUAACUGCGCAAAAAGCCCUGUGCGCCGACGGACGUCCAGCGUUCAGAGCUUUUUCGCCGCGCGUUUCGCAGAGACACGGAGAUGGGGACGGCCUGAACGCUGCCGACGUCCAGCACGUUGCACCGCAUUCUCGAGCCUCGUCUCCCGUUUUGGCUCGCUGGCGCGGCAGAACAGCGCGGAACUGUGACUCGAGCGCCUCCGUCGCUAAGAGGGGGGGGGGGAGAGAGAGAGAGAAGCGGAGCGCUCCGUCUGCGUAUAUUGGAGAUUUCUUUUUCAAAAGUGAAGACAUGCAGGCUCGCUACUCCGUCUCCAAUCCCAACUCUCUGGGCGUCGUGCCGUACAUCAGCAGUGACCCCAGCUACUACCGGGCGGCUGCUGGCGGGGGCUACACGGGGAUGCCCGCACCUAUGAACAUGUACUCUCACGCGGCUCACGACCAGUACCCUGCCAGCAUGGCCCGGGCGUACGGACCGUACACGCCCCAACCUCAGCCUAAGGAUAUGGUCAAGCCCCCCUACAGCUACAUUGCGCUCAUCACCAUGGCUAUCCAAAACUCGCCUGACAAAAAGGUGACCCUGAAUGGGAUUUACCAGUUUAUUAUGGAAAGGUUUCCAUUCUACCGAGACAACAAACAGGGCUGGCAGAACAGCAUCAGACACAAUCUGUCUCUGAACGAGUGUUUUGUCAAGGUGCCCCGUGACGACAAGAAGCCCGGUAAAGGUAGCUACUGGACUCUGGACCCGGAUUCUUACAACAUGUUCGAAAACGGGAGUUUCCUGAGGAGGCGGCGGCGGUUCAAGAAGAAGGACGCGCUGAAAGAGAAGGAGGAGCGGCUGCAGAAGGAGCUGCUGCCGCGGCAGCAGGGCCGCGAGCAGGAGGCGCCGGUGCAGGGCUCGCAGCCCGUGCGCGUCCAGGACAUCAAGACGGAGAACGGUGCCGCGACGCCGCCGCAGGCCGACUCGCCCUCGCUGGGCGCCGUGCCCAAGAUCGAGAGCCCGGACAGCAGCAGCAUGUCCAGCGGGAGUCCCCACAGCAUCCCGUCCGGCCGCUCCAUCGGCAUGGACGGCGCCGAGCACCACCAGCACCACGGCCAGGCCGCGACGCAGGGCUUCAGCGUGGACAACAUCAUGACCUCCCUCCGGGGGUCCCCACAGGCGGCCACCGAGCUCGCCCCCGGCCUCACCACCUCCACCAGGACAGGUAUAACACCGUCUUUGUCCGUGAACUAUUCCCCGACGCAGGCGUCCAUCUAUAGCUCGCCGUGCACCCAGAACUCCAUCUCCACUACCUCCAACGCGACCUAUCAUUGUAACAUGCAAGCCAUGAGCUUGUACGCCGGGGAGCGACCGAGCCACUUGGCGCCGAGCACCACCGUGGACGAAACGCUGCCAGAUUACUCCGUGACAACCACCUCGUCGUCUCUGACGCACGGCAAUAUAAACUCGGUUCAGGAGAGCCACCAUCCCCACCAAGGGAGGCUGACGUCAUGGUACCUCAACCAGGCCGGAGACCUGGGCCACCUGGGCGCGGGUUACCCGGCGCAGCAGCAGAACUUCCACUCCGUCCGAGACAUGUUUGAGUCCCAGCGAAUUGGUUUGAAUAACUCGCCGGUGAAUGGGAAUAACAGCUGUCAGAUGUCAUUCCCACCGAGUCAGUCCCUCUAUCGCACUUCGGGAGCUUUCGUGUAUGACUGCAGCAAGUUCUGACCAAACAAACAGGCGCAAUAUUCCCUCAAGCUGUUCGAACUCUUUCGGUGAAAACCCGCAUUUUCCCCUCACGCCCGCCCACACAUGGACGAAUAUGAGACAGAAAACAAAAACACAAAAGACUUGAUCUUGGUUUUUCUAAAGAACAGUGUUACCGCAAAUAACACGUAAGUCUCUUUUUGCUUUUAUGGCUUAAUGUGAUAUGUUAAAGAAAUGCCAGUUUUCAUGGACGUGUAAAAUGCAUAUAGUAAUUUAUUUCUAAACUGUAGCCGGAUAUUAUGGACCAAACACCAAAAGUGUUUCUAAAUUGAAUUGCCUUAACUGUCCAAAAAUUGUUCCAUUAUAAAGGUUUUUAAAAAGGAACGUGUAUAUCGCCGUACUAUUUCAAAGAUUCUACAUUUGUUGAAAAGUAUUUUGAAGGAUUUUGUUUGUUUGUGUAAUAAAUUGUCAUUUUAUGUGA